GGUUCGCGCCGCGGCUCGCGCCCGCUUCUCCCGCUUUACGGCUGCUGAAAACCCGGCCCGGCCCGGCAGCCGUACCGCAGACGAGCCCGCGCCCGCGCCCGCGCCGCUCAGUUUUCUGAAAGAAAAGAUCAGUAAGAUCAGUUAUGGGCUGUGAUGAAACCAUUUUAAGUCUCUGUUCUUUGCCAAGCUCCAAGGUCCAUGAAAUCUGAUGGUGUAGGAAAUGCUCAUCCAGUAUCUGCAGUGCUGUUUAAAGAGAAAAGGCCCAGAUCUCCCAGCUGGACGUUCAAAAUAGCUUUUGAUGUCUUAGGGCGUCUUUUAUUCAACCCUAGCUAUGCAGAUUUCCAGGGACUGAGACAAAAGCAGUUGAUUUGCAUUAGGACAAAGCAUUUUCCCAAUGAUACAAUGUGACUCUUGACAACCUGUUGCCUUGGAGACUAAGAACUUUACAUGAGGCUGAGGGAAGAAAAGAAUAAUUUAAAUGAAAUUUAGUUUCUAUAAAGAAAGCGAUUAAAAACAAGGAAAUGAGCAUUGACUAUUAGGCACCUGGAUGAAGAGCCCUGGGUCCAGAUUGUCAGUCUCCUGUAACCUGCAGAAGCCCUCCAGUUGCACUAGGAACAUUCAAUUGAAGUAAAAAGAUGGCCUAUCAGAAGGUCCAUGCAGAUCAAAGAGCUCCAGGACACUCACAGUACUUAGACAAUGAUGAACUUCAAGCCACUGCCCUUGACUUAGAGUGGGACAUGGAGAAGGAACUAGAGGAGUCUGGUUUUGACCAAUUCCAGCUAGACAGUGCUGAGAAUCAGAACCUAGGGCAUUCAGAGACUAUAGACCUCAAUCUUGAUUCCAUUCAACCAGCAACUUCACCCAAAGGAAGGUUCCAGAGACUUCAAGAAGAAUCUGACUACAUUACCCAUUAUACACGAUCUGCACCAAAGAGCAAUCGCUGCAACUUUUGCCACGUCUUAAAAAUACUUUGCACAGCCACCAUUUUAUUUAUUUUUGGGAUUUUGAUAGGUUAUUAUGUACAUACAAAUUGCCCUUCAGAUGCUCUAUCUUCAGGAACAGUUGAUCCUCAGUUAUAUCAAGAGAUUCUCAAGACAAUCCAGGCAGAAGAUAUUAAGAAGUCUUUCAGAAAUUUGGUACAACUAUAUAAAAAUGAAGAUGACACAGAAAUUUCAAAGAAGAUUAAGACUCAGUGGACCUCUUUGGGCCUAGAAGAUGUACAGUUUGUAAAUUACUCUGUGCUGCUUAAUCUGCCAGGCCCUUCUCCCAGCACUGUGACUCUGAGCAGCAGUGGUCAAUGCUUUCAUCCUAAUGGCCAGCCUUGCAGUGAAGAAGCCAGAAAAGAUAGCAGCCAAGACCUGCUCUAUUCAUAUGCAGCCUAUUCUGCCAAAGGAACUCUCAAGGCUGAAGUCAUCGAUGUGAGUUAUGGAAUGGCAGAUGAUUUAAAAAGGAUUAGGAAAAUAAAAAAUGUAACAAAUCAGAUCGCACUCCUGAAAUUAGGAAAAUUGCCACUGCUUUAUAAGCUUUCCUCAUUGGAAAAGGCUGGAUUUGGAGGUGUUCUUCUGUAUAUUGAUCCUUGUGAUUUGCCAAAGACUGUGAAUCCUAGCCAUGAUACCUUCAUGGUGUCACUGAAUCCAGGAGGAGACCCUUCUACGCCUGGUUACCCAAGUGUCGAUGAAAGUUUUAGACAAAGCCGAUCAAACCUCACCUCUCUAUUAGUGCAGCCCAUCUCUGCAUCCCUCGUUGCAAAACUGAUCUCUUCGCCAAAAGCUAGAACCAAAAAUGAAGCGUGUAGCCCUCUAGAGCUUCCAAAUAAUGAAAUAAGAGUCAUCAGCAUGCAAGUUCAGACAGUCACAAAAUUGAAAACAGUUACUAAUGUUGUUGGAUAUGUAAUGGGCUUGACAUCUCCAGACCGGUAUAUCAUAGUUGGCAGCCAUCAUCACACUGCACACAGUUAUAAUGGACAAGAAUGGGCCAGUAGUACUGCAAUAAUCACAGCGUUUAUCCGUGCCUUGAUGUCAAAAGUUAAGAGAGGGUGGAGACCAGACCGAACUAUUGUUUUCUGUUCUUGGGGAGGAACAGCUUUUGGCAAUAUUGGCUCAUAUGAAUGGGGAGAGGAUUUCAAGAAGGUUCUUCAGAAAAAUGUUGUGGCUUAUAUUAGCCUCCACAGUCCCAUAAGGGGGAACUCUAGUCUGUAUCCUGUAGCAUCACCAUCUCUUCAGCAACUGGUAGUAGAGAAAAAUAAUUUCAACUGUACCAGAAGAGCCCAGUGCCCAGAAACCAAUAUCAGUUCUAUACAGAUACAAGGUGAUGCUGAUUAUUUCAUCAACCAUCUUGGAGUUCCCAUCGUGCAGUUUGCUUAUGAGGACAUCAAAACAUUAGAGGGUCCAAGUUUUCUCUCCGAGGCCCUUUUUUCUACACGAGCAACAAAAAUUGAAGAAAUGGAUCCCUCUUUCAACCUUCAUGAAACCAUUACUAAGCUCUCAGGAGAAGUGAUUUUGCAAAUUGCCAACGAACCUGUUCUGCCCUUUAAUGCACUUGAUAUAGCUUUAGAAGUUCAAAACAACCUUAAAGGUGAUCAACCCAACACUCAUCAACUGUUAGCCAUGGCGUCACGCCUGCGGGAGAGUGCUGAACUUUUUCAGUCUGAUGAGAUGCGACCUGCUAAUGAUCCCAAGGAGAGAGCACCCAUCCGCAUCCGGAUGCUGAAUGACAUUCUCCAAGACAUGGAGAAAAGCUUUCUGGUAAAGCAGGCACCACCAGGUUUUUAUAGAAACAUCCUGUACCACCUUGAUGAAAAGACAAGCCGGUUUUCAAUACUUAUAGAGGCUUGGGAACACUGCAAACCCCUUGCAUCAAAUGAGACCCUUCAAGAAGCCCUGUCAGAGGUGUUGAACAGCAUUAAUUCAGCUCAGGUUUACUUCAAAGCAGGACUUGAUGUGUUCAAGAGUGUCUUGGAUGGGAGGAAUUGAGAAAACUCUGAGCAUUUUUAAAAGUUUGUUUACAAUUCCACAAGCAAAAGCUCUAAUUUUACCAGAUUUUCUGACAUUGAAGGCUUAUUUUCCCCAAUGGCUUUUUGACAAGUAUAAAGCUAUUAUUACAUUGUAUUUUUUAAAUGUAAAUAUAGAAAGAACAUUUUACACAUUUAAUAUUUUUCUUAUAUCUAUAUUUCUGAAUAUGUAAAGCAAGUUAUUGAAAUAGGACUUAAGAAUUACCUAUUAAAAAGAAAUCUGAUAUAUAUAAAUAUGUACUAUUUUGAGGAAAAAGUUCCAAGAAGUUCUGGACUAUCUUUGUUCCUAUGGGCAGGGCAUAUAGGUACACAGUUUAUUCUCUCUGAUAGAGCUAUUAAUGACCUAGUUUCUGUAAAAGAAAUGGAGAGUUGAUAUGGUUCAGAUUAACUUCACUAUUAAGUGUUCAAUAUGAAGAAUUCAAGUAUUCUGACUGAGUGAUUGGUUGACCUAAACCACUUUGAAUGUUUCUAUUUUAUGAAAUGAAGUUUCUCUUCUUAACACAACUAGAUGUAGUAAUACAUUGGUUAUGAAAUUGUAUUUUUUUAAGUAUUAAUGAAAAAAGAGCCAUAAGCAUUCCAGGGAAAAAUCUCAAGGGAGCUACACAGAGCAAUUUAAAUGCAAGUUUUUUUCCUAACAACUUACAAGGUGACUAGCUUUGAAACCCCUAAUUUGCCUCAGUUGAUUUUCUAAGAAUUUCAGGAGUGAUGUAUGUCUUAAGAGGGAGAAAAAAAUAUUUAUUACUUUUUCUCUUGUUUCUGUUGGAAACACUGAAGCAGGGACUCUAAAAUGAAAGCAUCUCACAUUGGUUUUCUUUCUUGUAUCUUUUCUGAAACUCCUUGCUGUAAGGCAGCUUUCACAGAGUACUAUAUAUUUUCAACAGUAAAGUAGCAGAGUUUCUCUUUGAAACCCAAAAUGUCUUCUAAAGAAUCAAAUUUCUAUUUCUGCCUCUGACAAAAAGAACUUACUAUGAAAGAAAUAGUUGUUUUAUCAAUAAAAGCCCCUUAAUAUUAUGAGGAAACUUUUCAUAUUUUUUCUUUAUCCUUAAUUGUGACUAAGAUGGAAAUCUAGAAAAUAUUCAUGCUUCUAAGUUUCUGCAGUGUUACUGUAAGAGAGUGUCUCAUCUACACUUCAAUUCUUCUCUCAUGUGGAAAACUAAGCUUUUUAUAUUGACAUUGCCAUUGAAUAGCUCUAGCAACUAUUAUUAUUCCCCCAAACCCUAAAAUUCUACCUAUUAGGUGUCAGGUUAAAGUUCUAAUUUAUCUUUAGAAAUUUAUGUGAAAAAUGGUUUUCCUAUACUGGAUAAAGCAAUUCCCCUUAGGAAACACAGCCUCAGAGUAUUUCAUAUAAAUUUUCUCUACCUAAUUCAAACAUAUCUCCCCAUGAUACACCACCAGAGCAACAUUGCAGACAGUCUGUGUAUGUUUAAAUUUUCACUUUUUAUGGAUGAGCGUAAACCUAGUCUUAGUUUAAAGGCAAACUAAAGUUGAGGGGAAAUAAUUAAUCAAUACUGACUAAUUGAUUUAUAAGGUUCAACACUGUCUACCCUAAAUAAUUUUUAUAUGCUCAAGGCAAAGCAGGGAAUAGAGGCAAUUAGCUAGAUAAUUCAAGCAGAAAUCCAUUUUCAUCGAAAUUGCCUGUGUGCACAUAUUUUUAGAUGAAAAAUGAAACUACCUUACAAUAUUAUUUUUUUAACCAAUGUAUUUGUUUGCAAACAUUUGCCAUGUUGAAGAGUGUGUAUAGGAAAGGUCUAGAAAUAAAUAGGCUUGUGCAUACCUAAGCAUUCAUGCUCUUUCUUCCUCUUCAGAGAUCAUUAGAAAAGAGGUGGGAAUACACAAGCAGGUGCAUGUGAGCCCAAAAGCUAGAAAGCCUUAUAUUUAACCAAAGGUUGAUGUGUUCAUUCCAGUUAUUCACUUACAGAUGAAACUAAAAUAAAUAAAGGCAAGCUAUUAUCAGUUUGGUAGUUCAUUAUUUUAGAACAAAUUUCUAAAUGAAUUUAUUCCCAUAACCUACAAUAGCACUGAGAACAGAAAACAUGUUUCUUCUUCAUUUUGUUUAAAGAUUACGUACCUAGGUAAGUCACACUGUAUAGAUAAAAACCUUCUUCUGUAUUCCUCACCUCUAAAUUGUAUGUUAUUUGCUAUUUGAAAACUGUAGUUAAGUAUGGUUUUUUAUUAGUCUAUUAAAAGAUACGUGGAGAUAUUAAAUUAUACCUAAAGCAGACAUCCAACAAAUUCUGUACAUGCUGCUUUACAUCUUUGCAACAAACCUCUUAACUAGCAGCAUUAUUUCUAUAGUGUGAUUACCUGAGGGUGCCUCCAAAUGUAUAUCAUUUCACUCCCCUCCCCUCCCCACCCCCAACAGAUUCAAAUAAAUAAAAUCCUGAGCAAAUUAA